AUGGUUCCUUCUGAUUUCUCCUGGUUGCCCAAAACCCCAAUUCCUUCUUCUCAAAUCCCAGCGAAAUCCCAUCAAUCCCCACAACUUAUGCUUGUAAAAUGGUGCCGUCUAACUCCUCAAAUAAGAAUCUUUCUCUGUUCUGCCAUUAGAGCUUCGAACGCAAGCGCUGUCGUCGAGUCUUCUUCUUCUUCUCCGAGACUCUACUCGGCCAAGCAAUUUGAGCUCAUAGUUCCCAACAUUGACUUGGUUCUCGAGGACGUCGGCCCCUAUCUCAUCAACGAUGGUGGAAACGUCGACGUUGUGUCCGUCGAAGACAGCGUCGUUUCUCUGAAGCUCCAAGGGGCUUGUGGAAGCUAUCCUAGCUCAACAACCACCAUGAAAAUGGGGAUUGAACGAGUGCUUAAAGAAAAGUUUGGAGAUGCACUCAAGGAUAUUCAACAAGUCUUUGAUGAAGAAAACAGAGAGACCAUAGUUGAGUCUCGACACAUUGAGGCCGGCGAAGAAUUUUGAACUAUUGAUGCUAUAUGGUAGCAUGUUGCCAAUUGCAAUACGUGCAGUUUUUCUAACUCAAAUAGG